AUGGCCGACUACGGCGAGCCUCAGGAGAUCACAGCGCUUCGCACCAAUAUUACCUCCCUCACUGACACGGUGACGGUCGGAGACAAUCUACAGUGGUUUUCAAACUGCCUCGUGGAGAAAGCCUUCGUUGCUCAGAGGGCCGCGCAGGCAAUCCUCGGCGGCGGAGCCACGCCCGCGCACAAGGCCCGUCAGCUUAUUGACGGUGUUUUCGCUGUAAUCCGAACGUCGGACAGGAAGAGCCACAGGAGAAUGGCUGCCUCUUCUAGAAUGUCGCUAUCAGACGUCGUGGCUGCUCUUGACGCACUCACCAUUGAACAGACCAAAGAACUUGCGGUUCGUUUCGGAGUUGAGCUCAAAACUGUUCAGGACAUUGAGAAUGAGUACAAAGGCAGCAGUCGUAAGAUCCUCACCAUCCAGGCCUGGCUAGACCAAGACACCCAGGCCAGCUGGGGAAAGUUAGUCUCUGGCCUCCAAAACAUCAAGAUGAACAGUCUUGCAAAGCAAGUGGCCUCCCAGCAUUGUCUCCAGUCACCUGGAGCUGCCAGUCCUUCCACUGAUGGUCACCAGCCAGCCACAGUCCGGUCUGUGGCCACACCAGCUCCGCUGACUCCUGCUGCUCCCUCUCCUCCUCCUCCUUCAACUGAUCCCAACCAGCCCACCUCUCCACCUCCUAGUGAUCGCUACCAGCCUGUGGCUCCUCCAGCCACUGCACCAGCCACU